AUGGCACCACCUACACUAGUGUUUGGAAAAGAGGAAUUAAAGGGCAUAUGGGAGAAGGCCGCUGAGCCCUGUUUUUUGAAGGCUCUAGUCCAAAAUGAAUGCGAGUUCAACGGACACGAGUACGUAUGCACACCAUUCAAGAGGCUUUUCAAGGAAUGUGGAGCGGGCAAGAGAAUAGUUAGGAUAGAAGUCACGGAUCAAGAUACGAACCAUCUGGCCUUUGACGCCACUGUCACGCGAUUUUGGGAAUCCAGCCGGAGAUGUACGUGA